CGUACGUAUUCUACGCCCCCUUGUCUCCCAGCGGUGCGCAUGCGCAUAUGGAAGCGGAAGGCCAACCACGCGUGCCAGGCGGAGGGGGACUGAGCGCUGCAGCUUGUGGAAUCAUUCGCUUGAUUCAUUGGCAAAGCAGCGGGUAUGCUGCCCACCGAGCGCUCGUUUCCACAGCGAUAAGUGCCUGAAAACAUCCUCUAAAAGAGAAAUACAUCAGCGCUGCUUUUAGAUGAGUACUUCUGGCGACUUCCCAGUCUGUUAAUCCUGAGAAUGGAUUUUCGAUUUAAUUUUUUUCCUGAUGAAGAUGAAAGCAAAGAGCCCAAUGCUCAGAAUGAGACAGAGCCCUGUUCUCCAACACACAAACACCCAGAGACGAGGCUGCCAGAGAAAAAAGUCUGCAUCAAAGCUGCUAAGGAGCACUAUAUCCCUGCAGAUGUCAGUAAGGUACUGGAAAAUAAAGUCCUGGAAACAGUAUCAGGGCUGUGCUAUGUAAAUAUGUCUGUCGUGGAAUUGACAUGCCAAGAUGGCACCCAUGAAGAAGAUAUUGUGUCAAAAAGUGUUUCUUCUCACUCUGAUCUCAUCCCAGGAGUCUAUGAGGGAGGACUGAAAAUCUGGGAGUGCACCUACGAUCUGAUGGAUUUCCUUUCUGAAGCCAAAAUCCAGUUUGCCAACAAGACAGUGCUGGAUCUUGGGUGCGGGGCUGGACUGCUGGGAAUAGUCGCCUUAAAGGGAAAUGCUGAGAAAGUCCACUUUCAGGACUACAACAGCACAGUGAUUGAGGAAAUAACCAUGCCUAAUGUGGUGGCUAACUGUAUAAAUGAUGGCAGUAAGGCUGACAGCGAAGAUGACAGAAAGAAUAUUAAGCCUCCUUCAAAGAAGCGCAAGAAAUCAGAGUGCCUGCCUGACAAGCUCACCAAGUGCAGGUUUUUCUCUGGAGGGUGGUCUGAAAUCAGCCAGCUCCUGUUAAGCAGCAGCAAGCCCUGUUCAAAAUACGAUCUAAUUCUCACGUCUGAGACCAUCUAUAACCCCGACUAUUACGGUGCUUUGCACGAUACGCUGGCUCAGCUGUUGGCUAAAAAUGGCCGUGUGUAUUUGGCAAGCAAAGUGCAUUAUUUUGGGGUCGGUGGGGGUACCUACCUCUUUGAAAAAUUCCUCGAGGAGAGGAAGGUGUUUAAGAGCAGCAUAGUGAAAGAAGUUGAGGAAGGGCUAAAGCGCUUUAUUUUAGAAAUAGCCUUUAAAGACUCCACUUAACAUGAAUUCCAGCAGUGCUCCAAAAUUAUCUUGAUAAAGACAAAAUAUUUUUAUCCUCAUACGUAUUUUUAAAUUUUACUGGGUUAUUCAAAAUGGAUGAGUUAAUGCUGUUCUUUUCUAGCUAUUGAAAAUAUUUUGACAAAUUCUGAUGCUUGACUGAAGGACUCUUCUGAUUCUGGUAGAAAAGUAUAGUCCUGCAUAAAGUAUCAUCUCUUCAGCCCAUUUUGUUACUUGUAUGUGUUUAAAAAUAAAGCAAGUCACUGUUCCCAGUCUCCCUCUCACAUUCCUUGGCAGUGCCAGCACAGCCUGAGGGCGAUCAUUUAGCUCCCUAAUAUAGGGCAAGUAGUUCUUAAGGGCCAGGCUCCCAUCUCAGCUAUGAUUUAACUGCAGCAACAAGUUUCAGAAUCAGCUGCAUACCUGUGCGCUCUGCUGCUUUGCCACCAGAGGGGGAUGUGAUUGUAUUUAUCGUUGUAUUCUAACCAUCUGUACUACUUCCUUUUCUAAGACUUUCGCAGAUACUAACUGCCCACAUGGUAUGGCCCGUUUUCCAAACUUGCCUUCUUCCAUUACUGUAAUUUCAGGCUACUGGGGGCACUGCUGAACACUAUCAUAACUCUUCAAUCUUCUAAGCAGUUGGGCAGGGCAGCAAACUUUCAGAAAAGUCUGCUUACAAGUCACUCUUCUGCGUCCUAGGCUGAAGAUGCUCACAGUGGGACAAGACUAUGUUGCUCAAGAAAUUAUAUAAGAAAAACUGCAAACAAAAUGAGAGAACUACAAAAUCCAGUCCCAAGUGUUUGGAAUCACCAACAACUCACAAAGAAAAUAACAUUGUAUAAUUAUUUUGGACAGAAAGCUAUUACACAACUGUACCAGGUACAUCAAUCUUACCUCUUGUCAGCACACGCUGCUUUACUGCAGCAAUAAUGCUUUGGGUGUCCUUGCAAAAAUAAAAACUUAA